AUACUGUACUUUAAUGUGGAAAAUCUGAUCUAUUUUUAAAUUCCUUGAAUCCAACGGAUUACCAGCGUUUGAAUCGCUGUUACGAAUCGAUGAGUAUUCCACAAUAUGAUUCUUGUUGGAAAAAGUCAAUCACUCCAGAGCGUCUUCCUAGAAAUGUGCACAAUUUGUUCUUUGACCCUGUGGCGCAUUCUCAGACCCUCGUUAAUUUGAAACAAGGCAUUUUUAAAUCGUUGUCAAAAAGGUCCCAUUCAUCCAUCAUAAUUAAAUCAUUGUUUUGUUUGUACUGUUUUAUAAAACUUGACGUAGUUUUUCAACUGAAGCGGUCUUUCACGCGCCAUCCUGUUUCCAAAUAGAGCUUUUACGAUUAUCCCUGAAGGCAACGGCUGUCAGCCACGCCCACUUGAGAAGGCAGCGUUGUCAGUGGGACGCAAUGGUUUGUUAUUACAGCAUGCUAGCCUAAACUACAAGACUCGUUUUUUGAUGAUUUCAUUUUUAAUCAAAAAAAUUAUUAGUAAGUAGUGAGAUUUAUUGUGGCCUUAAUUGGAAAGGUUAUGAUAAAGUCAACACAGAGGGGCCUUGGCACUAUUGUUUGUGGCCUGCAUUCAUGUUAGCUUAAGUUAGCCUUAACUGCUCCUUGGACCUCCCCUGUAAUAAAGCCCGGAGAAGACGCGACAAUUGCGGGUAAGAAGGCAACAAGAAGCAAUGGUCCUUCUUGGCAGCUAACUAACCCGCGAGCCACAGUGCUGCUAUCAAGGAUCACAUUUGUUCCUCAAAUAUGAGAGCUUCUGCCCUGUGAAGGAAACCCCAUCAAAAUGGAACUGUACUGGUAUAUAGUUGUCAUCGUGUUUAUCAUCAUUAAGAUCUUCUUCUACGUGUGCUGGUAUCGCUCAAGACAAAGACAGCUGGCAUCGUACCUGAGCAACCCCCGCAAUGCCCAGAUAGUCAUCGUUGGCGGGAGAGCCUACCUCCAUCAGGUGUGCGAGAGACAGAGUCAAGCUUCGCUCUGGCCGAGCUGGUACGGUGUGCCAGAUGACCUGUCAGUAGAAGAGCCCUCCACACCUCUGCCACCUGCUCCAUCCUUCUCCCACCUGGACAUGCCACCACCAUAUGAUGCUGUCUCUGGAGAGGACGAGCUGAAGCCCCCUCCCUACAGCGAGUGUGCCGACGCUGACCAGACGGACGCGGCCCGUCCUUCCCAUCACAUCUCUGAGGGAGGGGACUCCAGGGGUGUCAAUGAGGCCCCGCCCCCUUACACGCCGUCACCCCCGCCCCAUUCCGACCUACGAGAAGUCCCUGUGGGCCGCACAGAGCCAAGCUCUGAGAACAGGCCCGUCUAGUCGAUUAUCUCAAUAUCAGUUUGCCUUUUCCCCAAAACAAAACUGCCUUGCUCCAGACAAACCUCAGAGAUCGUUGCCAGCCUUGCUCUCAGUCACACGGGAGCAAACACGAGUGUGCUCCCUUCUACUCUUCUAGUCAUCUAAUGAAUUCCAUCAUACCAGAUGACCUCCACAAGCCUGUGUGCCUCAGCAGCCGCCAUGAGCGUGACAGCCCAAACUUCAAUGAAUCUCCAGCACUGUCAGGCUGGCACAUUUAAGAGAUUCGCAGAAUGAAACACGCUUCCAAGGGUAGCUUUAGCGCAGCACAUUUCACGCCUCCGCUGGAACAUCUUUUGAAGAAAUUAGCAAACACAAGACCCUUCUUUAGUCACAGUCACAGUUUUGGUCACAGUGACUUCUUUAGAGUAUGUCAACAAAAACAAAGUAAUAGAGGAGGAGACAUUGUAACUAUCAACUUAGUUUGCCUUUAUACUCCACAAUACUGGAUUUGAAAUCAAAUUUAAAAAGUAGUAAAAAUGUUGGCUUUACACGUUAAAGGUCCCAUAUUGUACAAUUUGAACCAACCAACCAACCGUCUUGAAGGUCCCAUGAAGAGAUGUUGGAAUUUAGAUAGUUUAAAAGUAGUGUCUGUGGUGUAAAUACUAGGGAUGUCCGAUAAUGGCUUUUUGCCGAUAUCCGAUAUUCCGAUAUUGUCCAACUCAUUAAUUACCGAUACCGAUAUCAACCGAUAUAUGCAGUCGUGUAAUUAACACAUUAUUAUGCCUAAUUUGGACAACCAGGUAUGGUGAAGAUAAGGUCCUUUUUAAAAAAAUUUAUAAAAUAAGAUAAAUAAAUUAAAAACAUUUUCUUUAAUAAAAAAGAAAGUAAAACAAUAUAAAAACAGUUACAUAGAAACUAGUAAUUAAUGAACAUUAGUCAAUUAACUGUUAAAGGUUAAUACUAUUAGUGGACCAGCAGCACGCACAAUCAUGUGUGCUUACGGACUGUAUACCUUGCAGACUGUAUUGAUAUAUAUUGAUAUAUAAUGUAGGAACCAGAAUAUUAAUAACAGAAAGAAACAACCCUUUUGUGUGAAUGAGGAAGGGAGGUUUUUUGGUUUGGUGCACUAAUUGUAAGUGUAUCUUGUGUUUUUUAUGUUGAUUUAAUUAAAAACAAAAAACAAAAAAAAACGAUACUGAUAAUAAAAAAAACGAUACCGAUCAUUUCCGAUAUUACAUUUUAACGCAUUUAUCGGCCGAUAUUAUCGGACAUCUCUAGUAAAUACUCAUGAACUACCAUAUAGCAGUGUGAGGACAAACAUUAGCAACACUAUCUGAGCUAUGUGAGCUAAAGAGCUAACAUUACACUCACAUUUUAACAGCAACAUCAUGCUAAGUUUGCCUGUCCGCUGACUGAUGUUUGGUUGGCAGAGCUUCAGGUUUUAUUUUAAGAUGCGCGGUGAAGCCUGCUUUUACACAAAGCUGUUCCUUGUGAAGUCUUAAAGUACCAGUAGAGUGGAAAAACAA